AUGGCGUUUGUUAAGUCCUCAACUUGCCCGAUUGUCGGGAACAACCAAACGGGUAGUAGUUUUUGGAAGGCGACAACGGAAAGAUUUAACGGGAUUAUGGAGCAAGGCCCGAUGCAUGAUCUCGAUUCCGUCUCGGGCAAGUGGCAUAAAAUGAGCAAGGCCAUCAAUACCUUUAGCGGGUAUUAUAACCAAAUUUACACUAAUCCUCCAAGUGGGAGUAACGACGAGGACAUUCUUAACCUUGCUUUGGCUAAGUGGGACUCUAAAAAUUCAACGCCUUUCCUGCACCCCCGAGCAUGGAACAUUUUAAAGAAAGAAAACAAAUGGAAGUCGUUUCCAAAUGAGGUCGCAACCGCCAAACGGAGUAAAACUUCCGAGUCCGGAAGUUAUAGUGCGGGAGGUUCCACCGCUCGUUGUCAAUCGACAUAA